UGCCUGUAUAUUAUACUCUCCUUUAAAUACAUGUUUGUCUGUCUAAUCUUAAAGUAUUUUGUUCAAUGCACAAUUGGUGAGGAACUGAUCAUAUCAAAUGGAUGUAGUUGUGAAAAUGCAAUCGACGCCUAUGGUUAAUGCACUUGCAGUUGGCGGCCCUGCUGUUGCUGUUGGUGGUCUUUCACUUCUGUUGCUUAAAACAUUUGUGGAUCAUAGCUUGAAAUUACCCCCAGGUCUCCCGCCUUUACCAGAGGUACCAGGGUUGCCAAUAAUCGGGAAUCUGCUGCAGUUGAAGGAGAAGAAACCACACAAGACGUUUACCAAGUGGGCUGCCACGUAUGGCCCUGUUUACUCUAUUAAAACUGGCUCUACCAGUUUGGUUGUACUCAAUUCUAAUGAUGUGGCCAGAGAGGCCAUGGUGACAAGAUUCCCUGCCAUCUCUACUAGAAAGCUUUCGAAAGCAUUGGAUAUCCUUGCUUCUGAUAAAUCACUGGUUGCGAUGAGUGAUUAUGAUGAGUUUCACAAGACAGCAAAGAAACAUUUGCUAACACAUAUUUUGGGGCCAAAUGCUCAGAAGGGGCAGCGUUUCCACAGAGAUAGUUUGAUUGAGAACGUAUCUGACCAGUUGCAUGCCUUGUCAAAAAAUUGUCCUCUUGAGAGUAUAAACUUCAGAGAACUGUUCGAGCUUGGACUUUUUGGAUUAGCAUUAAAACAAACUUUAGGAGACGACGUGGAGUCCAUUUACGUGGAUGAACUUGGAACAACAAUGUCCAGGCAUGAGAUGUUCAAUUGUCUAGUUCAUGAUCCAAUGGUGGGUGGAAUUGAUGUAGAUUGGCGAGACUUCUUCCCAUAUCUAAAAUGGAUUCCGAAUAGAGGGUUUGAAAACAGGAUCGGGCAAAUGGAUAUGCGCAGGUCUGCAGUUAUGAAAUCCCUUAUUCAGGGAGCUAGAAAACAAAAUGGUUUACCAGAGUGUUAUCUUGGUUACUUGGAAUCUGUGGGGAAAAUGCUAUCCGAGAAGCAAAUUCAGAUGUUACUUUGGGAGGUGAUUAUUGAAACAGCUGAUACUACCGUGGUUGCAACUGAAUGGGCUCUAUAUGAACUUGCUAAAGAUCCAAAGCGGCAGGAGAGGCUCUACGAGGAGAUCAGUAGGGUGUGCGGGUCUGACAGAAUCACAGAGCAGGACUUACCACAGCUUCCUUAUCUAUAUGCUAUUUUCCAAGAGACACUGAGAGUGCACAGUCCUGUUCCAAUAAUCCCUUUGCGUUACGUGCAUGAAGAUACUCAAUUAGGAGGCUACUUUGUUCCUUCAGGAAGCGAGGUUGCCAUAAAUAUUUACGGAUGUAACAUGGACAAGGAUGUGUGGGAGAAUCCUGAUCAGUGGAAUCCGGAGAGAUUCAUGGAUGAUGAUUCUGACACCAUGGAAUUGCAGAAGACGAUGGCCUUUGGAGGGGGGAAGAGAGUGUGUGCAGGAGCUCUGGAGGCAAUGACAAUCUCUCGUAUGGCAAUUGGCAGACUAGUACAAGAGUUUGAGUGGAGUUUGACGGAUGGUCAGGCAGAAGAUGUUGAUAUUGUUGGCCUUACAGCCCGUAAACUCCAACCAAUGCUCGCCAUCUUAAAGCCAAGGAGCAGAUUGGUUGAAUAAGGAAUUCCCUUACCCUUAAGUCGCGUCUGUCAGUUAUUUUGCCACUUUAUGCUUUAGUAUGUAAGUGUGCAUCCCGGCACAUUAGUUCUACAUCUUUAUCUUACAACGAAGUUUUAUACAUAGUUUCUCUAUUCUAAGCCCUGUUGUGAUAAUGUGUGACUAGUUUCCACAACUAGAGAUGUAAAAAAACAGAUUUCGGAGAUAUAAAACUGUAUGUCCUGAGGAGGCUGUUGGAGAAGAACAAA